AUGUCGCAGCAAGCUUCGCUCCAGUCCUUUUUCACCCAGUCUUCCCAGCAAGGGACAGCCCCCUCGCAGAUCAGGAACACUCAGGUUCCCGACCCAACCCCAUCCGGAGCUCAAGAACAGGAAUUCUCCUCGACCUUUGCAACAGAAUCCAACUACAACGACCCCUAUCAACCGAGAAUCGACUAUCUCUACCCGAGCAUUGUCCCCCAGGAUAGUCACACCCAGACGGACCUGAACUAUAUUACCUGGGCCAUCAGACAUGCCACCAGCCGAAUCUGCCCACCCACCGACAGGAUUGAAAUCCUCGAAGAGCAAACGACCACACUCCGGAGAACAGUGGAUACACUGAGGCACCAAAUCGAGGCGCAGACAACUAUGAUCACCAGUAUGCACUCGGCGAUCCAUCUUCUCCUCAACAAACAACCACAACCGCAGCAACCGCAACAACCACAACAAAACCAACAACAGCAACAACAGCAACAACAGCGAAAACAACAACCGCAGGAACAGAGAAUGCCCCCUCCAGCGGUCCCUCAAACAAUUCCCCAAGCAGCGCCUCAGGCAGCCCCUCAGGCCCCCCCACCCACACCCCCCCAACAAGCCCCACCCC